CGUCUGGCCUUGCUUGCGGGAGGAGAUGCUGGCGCAGGAGGUGCUGGCGGCCGUGCUGCAGCCCAUCCUCAAUAUCAUCAGCGAAAUCAGUCAGGAGGAGUACGAAACUAUCAUCCUGCCUCGCUUCAGAUGCAUAUUCUCAUGGCCCAAAUCGAUCCAGGCGUCAGUGACGCUGCUGGAGAAUCUUCACGUCAUUCUGGAGAAGACGCCCAAGGACGAGAUCCAAACGGACGUCAUGCCCAUAAUCUAUAAUGCCCUGGAUACCACUACCGCUCAGAUUCAGCGGGCCUGCCUCAUGGCCAUCCCGAACGUGGCCGAGUACAUCGAUGAGGAGUCGGCUCGCAGCUGGUGUUUCCCGAGCCAAGGCAAUCUACGAGAAGAACUCCUCCGACUUGCUGCAGCUGCAGAUUACACCGGCAUCGAGACACCUCGAUCACUCUUCCACCGGCAGAUCAUUAGGGCGGCCAUCACGCCGGCUGUGGUGGGAGCCUGCAAUUUGGAGCAGCAGCUGAAUCACCGGCCAUUGGCAGUAACUGUCAAGCUUUGCUAA